AAACCGCAUACACGCCGCGUGCUAGCAGAUUUCGAUGAAAGUACGUUUAAAAAUUUUAUAAAAUAUUCAGACUCGCAAUGGAUGGCACAAACGAAUUCGACACUUUUUUGGCCGCACACAAGGAACAACUUUUAGCGUCCGGAGUGCCAGAAUUGUUUUGGCCGGAGCUCUUUCGCAAGCUGAAACAUCAAAUUUUCGAUGCCGGUGAUUGCUUUUCUUUGCUGUACGUAGACUAUGACGAGAAACAACGUUCCGAAGAAGAUCCUAUUUGGACCGUAGCAGUGACAAGAGAAGGAGGUGUUCGCUCGGACAACCCGAAAGAAAUUUAUCUGGUAGAUCACGCGUGGACUUUUAGAACGGACAACGCAAGGCAACUGCUUACCGAACAUCCGCCCUUGGUAAAUCGGUUGGCAAUUAUGAUGGGAAUCGAGCAGGAAAAUUUGCCUAGUUCGGUUGUUAUUUCCAAAAUUUUGAGUGAUCUUUGGAAGUGGUGCAAUAUGUACUCCUUGAAUGCCGAGGGAAUGUCGGUCGAAAAUCGUAUGCCCAUUUGGUACAUCAUGGAUGAAUUGGGGAGCGCUAUUCUUCACAGCGAUGAACCAAACUGCCGAGUUUUGCCUUUUAUUCACGUUACUGAACAGAUGACAUACAGCUUAUUAUUCCCUACGGAGAACAUUGCUGAAGGCGAACAGCUUUAUCGAGAUUUCGUCGAAGGAGUUCCUAGCGAUAGCAUGGAUCGUAAGGCACUUUUGCUUCCCUGGAGAUACACCUCAAUGGUAGAAGAAAGCUUCAGUCAAAAAGAAGCUUCCGAAGAAUAUUUUCUAGCCGGUCACAUUGAAGAAUCGUUACCGAACUUGGAAACCAGCACACCUUUUUUCGAUGGAAAUGGAUCUCUCAAAGUGUAUUGCGAGUAUGAUAUGGUAAAGAAAUAUCUUACCGAUCCUGCAUUCGAAAUUGUAGAUAAUUCAACCGAUGCGGAUAUAUUAUGGAUGAUCAAUCAUUUCAAACAGUAUAAAGAGUUGAGUGAAUCUUCGCCGAACAAGUUCAUCAAUCAAUUUCCUUUCGAAAACGUGAUCACUAUUAAAGAUCUUCUUAGUAUCGUGUGUAGAAGAAUGGCUGAUAAAGAUCAUGUUCAAGAUCCUCUGCAAUCCAAUCCGGUUUGGUUGCCAGUAACAUACAACCUCAAAACGGAAUUAAUUGAGUUUGUCAGCUAUUAUCAGAACAGGGCACGGAAAGGAUUGGACAAUCAUUAUAUCAUCAAGCCGUGGAAUUUGGCUCGUGGCUUGGAUACUCACAUAACUAAAAAUCUUCCUCAGAUUAUGCGUCUUCAGCAGACCGGUCCGAAAAUUGUUCAAAAAUACAUUGAAAAUCCAGUCCUUUUCGAACGUUCGGAAAUAGACGGACGCGUCAAGUUUGAUGUCCGCUAUGUACUGUUACUGAAAAGUGUCGAUGAACUGUCUGCAUAUAUUUACAACAAAUUUUUCCUGCGCUUCGCCAAUAAACCGUUUGAGCUGAGGGAUUUUGAUGACUACGAAAAGCAUUUCACCGUAAUGAACUACUCGCAGUUUCAACUGAGACAUAUGAAAUGUGAAGAAUUUCUACAGCAAUGGAAGAUUCAGUAUCCCAAGCACGAGUGGUCAACUAUCGAAGAACAAAUCUGCGAAAUGUUGAAGCAGAUGCUGCAAGGUGCCUGCAAACUAGGACCACCAUGUGGUAUUGGUCCCAGCCCACAGUCUCGGGCACUCUACGCAGUAGAUUUAAUGCUGGAGUGGUCCGACGAUGGUGCAAGCAUCCAACCGAAACUUCUGGAGGUCAAUUUCACUCCAGACUGCCAGCGAGCAUGUGAGUACUAUCCGGACUUUUUCAAUGAUAUUUUUAACUUGCUCUUCUUGGAUCAGGAAAAUCCUGAUGUUCUGAGAAAAAUUGUUUAAUAGUUCAUUUUAUAAUGAAAAAUUGUUUAUAAAUAAGAUUAAC